AUGGAACACCUUAAGACACUUUUUCGACGACUUGAAAAAUACGGAGUACUCAUAAAUACUUCUAAAAGUAUAUUAGGUGUCAAGGAAGUAGACUUUUUGGGUUACCACAUUUCAGCGCAAGGAACUCGUCCAAUGGAGACGAAAGUGGCAGCGAUCAAAGACUUCCCUUUACCAAAAACAGCUAGAGAACUCCGAAGAUUCCUCGGUAUGCUGAAUUAUCACCGUAGGUGUUUGAAGGAUGCAGCAAGUACACAAGCUCCACUUCUUGAUGCAUUAUGUGGCAAAAAUAUUAAAGGAUCCAAACCGGUAGUCAUGAGCCCCGAGAUGCUGAAGGCAUUCGAAGAUUGCUGUGAUAAGACUGUUGCUGAUGCGUUGUCACGUGUUGAGACUAUCUCUGAAACCCUUAACUACGAAGAUCUUGCAAACGAUCAGAACUCAGACCCUGAACUGCAGGAUUUAAUCAAUAAGGGAACAGCACUUCGAUUAGAAAAGGUUAAGUCACCCGAAGCUACGAUAUAUUGUGAUAUCUCAACACACACUCCGAGGCCAUAUAUUACUCCAAGAUUCAGAAGACAAGUUUUCUCCCAAAUGCACAAUCUCAGUCAUCCCGGAGCUUCAGCCACAGCAAAGCUCAUCUCCGAAAGAUUCGUGUGGCCCGGUGUGCGUCGAGACUGUAAAGAAUGGACGAAGCAGUGCACAGAUUGCCAACGCAACAAAAUCAACCGCCAUACCUCUUCACCUUACUCCACUUUCCCUACUCCAUCACAACGUUUCUCUCAUAUCCACAUGGAUAUAGUAGGGCCAUUACCGCUUUCUUCUCAUUACAGGUACUGCCACACCGUCAUCGACAGAUAUACGCGAUGGCCUGAGGCCUACCCAUUAGAAGAAAUCACAACAGAAACAUGCGCCAAAACCUUAAUCAGCGGUUGGGUAGCCCGUUUCGGAUGCCCACAGAAGAUCACCACAGACCGGGGACGGCAGUUCGACUCCAAAUUAUUCCAGGCCGUCGCAACUCUCAUCGGUGCCAGGUUGUCUACAACUACUUCAUACCACCCACAAAGCAACGGUAUGGUUGAAAGACUACAUCGUCAGCUAAAAACUGCAAUCAGGUGCCACAAUAACCCGCAGUGGACAGAAAUCCUUCCACUUGUGCUUCUAGGUAUAAGAAGCGCCUGGAAAGAGGACCUCAAAACAUCAGCUGCAGAAUUGGUAUACGGAGAACCUUUACGGUUACCAGGAGAAUUCUUCGUUCCCUCUCCAGACUUCACCGCCGACAUCAAGGAUUUCGCAUCUCGCCUUCGACGUCACAUGGCUAAUUUAACACCUCGCCCAGCUACAUGGCACGGAACUAAAACCUUCUACAUCCCUAAAGAUCUUCAAACGGCUGAAUACGUUUUCUUACGUCAGGGUCCAGCUACACCAUCAUUGGAAUCUCCUUAUUCAGGACCAUAUAAAGUCCUGGAAAGGGGUCUUAAGACCUUCAAAUUGAUGAUCAAAGGUAUGGAAAAUACGGUUACUAUAGACCGACUCAAGCCUGCAUACCUUUACAGCAGUGGAUCAUCUCUUUGUCCAGAGGAAAUAACACCUACAGAAAAGGAAACCCAAGCUCCCACAACUGGUCAAAGGGAGAAUACUCUAAAGAAAACACUAAGCGGAAGAGUAGUGCGAUUUCCAGACUACUAUCGCCCGUGA